AUGUCCUCUCCGUGGGCGAAGAUCGUUCGAGACGAUCCCGAACCGCGAGCGGUCGAUCAAGACGAGGCACGACGAGCCGCCGCCGCCGCCCGAACGCUCGAUGAAAUCAUCCGCUCGCCGACGCACCGUAAAGCGAUCGUGGACGCGAACGCGAUAUUCAAGGGCGCGAUCGGGAGCUUCAUCGACCCGGAGACGACGCUGGUGACGAUCGCGGAGGUGCAGGAGGAGAUACGGGACGAACGCGCGCGGCGCGUGGCGGGGGCGAUGGCGUUGACGACGCGCGAGCCGACGGAGGAGGCGAUCGAGGCGGUGAAGACGUUCGCGGCGAAGACUGGGGAUUUACAAGCGCUCUCGAGGGUUGAUUUGAAGUUGAUCGCGUUGGCGUACGACGUGGAGCGGAUGUGUCACGGGGUGGAGCACCUGCGGACGGAGCCGGCGCCGCCGAGGACGACUGGGAAAAAGGCGAGCGCGAACGAAAAGCGACCGGGAUGGGAUUUCGUCCCGAACGCGGACGAUUGGGCCGAGUUAGACGAGAUGAAUGACGCACAUGAGCAGGCAGAGCGGGAAAUGCGUGCGAAGAUGGCGAGCGUGGCGUUGAGCGAGGAAGCGGAGAAGAAGACGGAGACGGCGGCGGAUCGAGAGCGACGGGAGGACGAGGAGCGGCGUGCGAGGGAGCGAGCGGAGACCGCGGCCGAGACCGCCGCUGGGCAAUCUCACAUAGAAAAAGAUGAUGGUGAUGACGACGGGUGGGAGCGAGCGGUGUGUCGAACGACGCGGGUGCGUCGACAAAAGCGAGAGGAGAGGGCGCGGUGGGAAGCCGAGCAAGCGGCGGCUGAGGCUGAGGUAUCGCGAGAGCAGAACGAAGACGACGACGGUAGCGCGCGCGCCGAGGAGCUGGAGGAUGUCAGUAAGCGUGCCGUCGACUUCUUCACCUCGCGCGGUGAGCUCGAGGAGGGUGCGGAGGAGGAGGUCGACGACGAAGACGAGGACUACGACGAAGUCGAGCUCGAAUCGUGCGUCUCCUCCAUCACGGCGGAUUUCGCAAUGCAAAACGUCAUCCUGCAGAUGGGACUCAAGCUCAUCGCCCCCGAUGGCAUGCGUAUCGAGCAACUUCGACGAUGGGUCCUGCGCUGUCACGCGUGCAACGAAAUCUCCCGCGACCUCUCGCGCAUCUUCUGCCCAAAGUGCGGGAACCAAACCAUGCAAAAGGUUGAGCACACCGUCACUCGAGACGGCGUCGAACAAUUCGGCGUGCGUAAAAAAUUCGUCUUGCGCGGAAGCAAGUACUCCCUACCCUUACCCAAGGGCGGUCGCCGCGAGAAGAAGAUCAUCCUCCGCGAGGAUCAGCUCAUGAGCGUGCGCCUGACAAAGAAACAAAUCGGUGAGGACGUCUUCGCCGCCGAGUACAACGAGGAAUCCUACGCCGACGACAAGCGAUUCGCCAGCCAAAAGACCGCGUUCGAGGUCGCGGGCGACGUUCGUCGAAAUCCCAACGAGCGUCGCCACGUCGCCACGAACAGACGCCGGAAGUAG